AUGGAUAACGGUACAGAAGUUGCAACGAAUGAAGGAUCUAACCAGCUCUCCACAACGAUUGUAUACACUACGUUUGGUGUAUUCGGUAUCGCCGGAAACGGCCUCGUGCUCCUUGUCAUCUUCCUAGUCGAUGAUCUCAACAGUGUUACCAAUCUUUUCAUCGCCAACCAAUCCCUGAUCGACUUCUUAACAUCGGUUUUCAUCAUCGCUUUAUAUGUCGUUCCACUGCCGCCAAUACCGAUAGAUCGACCAACUCUUGCCCGAUUCCUCUGCCGUUUCUGGUACACUGGCUAUCCCUUUUGGUCUCUGAUAGUUGCCAGUUCUCUAAACCUCACCCUAAUGACACUUGAGCGUUUUUGUGCGGUUUUCUUCCCCAUCCGCUUCCGGAGUCAGCCUAACUCCAGAUGCAUGAAGCUCAUAGCAACUCUCCCAUGGGCUAUCGGAUUCCUGUUUCAGCUCUCGUCGGGCUUCUUUGCCCAUCUCGAGGACAACAGAUGUAUCUUCACAUUUUUCUCUAACCCCCUCUUCAGGAGAGUGUUUCAACCUGUAGCCAUCUUUCUGGAAUUCAUCUUGCCUGUACUUGUGAUGCUCAUCGUGUACACAUCUAUCGUCAUAAAGCUACGAAGCGACGGAAUGCGCGCAUUUGAUUCUCCACGACUUCGAACAAGAGUUGGUGCAGCAUCAAGGCCCCAACAAGCCAUUGAUUACCGAAGUCGUGCUCGACGAAACACCAUAAAAACGAUGUUGAUCGUGUCACUCUUUUUCAUCGUAUGUUGGUCCUUGAAUCAGGUGUUAUUUAUCGUGUUCAGUUGCUGUGGCGGAGGAGUGGACCUCAACAGCUUGCUAUAUCAAAUAUCUGUUUUCAUGGGGUUCGGUAACAUGUGGAUUAAUCCUUUCAUCUAUUCGUUUCAGUACCGUUGGUUCCAGAAAGGUCUGAGGAAGGUCUUCUGCAAGAAGACAAGGAGCCGCCAUAGCAAGGAGAUGCCAACAAUAUCUACAGCUAAGACAAGUUCAAAUGAAACGGUGUCUGUUUAA